AUGUCAAAUGCACAGCAAGAUGAUAUCCCCGCUUCCCGAAUCAAUCCACCUCUUCUUGCACCCAACGGUUUAUUGGCCCCAGGUAUUCUACCGGAUGGAUUUAAAAACGCAAGACAGCUUGUCGAGAAAGCCUUCUGGAACCCCCUUUUACUUCUAACCGACGAUCUCACUUUCUUCCCCAAUACGAGAUCACCUGACGCACAUACCAUUGCAAUGGCAUAUGCUCUUUGUCAGGCGGAAGAAUAUCCGGAAUACCAUCAGAAUCUCAUUCAGAACGAGAGAUUUCCUUACAUUCAGAUAGACAUGGAAGGCUCCUCUUUUGAUCCAAACGUCGAUAUUCAUUACAAGGAAACCGUUCCAAUCGACAGCCGAUGCUGGCCUCAACUAUUUUAUAGUCACCGUAACUACGUCCACCACUUGCUCGAUGGUCGAUACUUCACCAAAACGGUUUCAGAGGAAGGUCAACAAGGGUUCAUGGCUAUGGAGGAAGGAGAUCUGCUUACCAUGCUGCUAGUUCAUAUGAACGACGAGCCAGUAUUCUUCCAAAAGCUGUCUAGAUGGUUGAAUGGGAUGUACUGGAUUCAUGAACAUAGUUCCAAUUUCUUGACUCCACAAGAGCUAUCCAACCUCUUCUCCGCUGCCGCUGAAAAUCGGAAAAGCAUCCUCGAAGAAUGCCGAAAGCCCUACACCCAAGAUCCUCUCCACAAAAAAUUCAAGAUCGAUGAACCCACGCCUGGAUUGAAGAAGACAAAUAAAGGGAAGAAAGGGAAGAAAGAGGAGAAGGCUCUCCCUGAUCACCUUCUUGGUCGUUUCACCGAUCCGAGAGGUAUUGCGAUCUUCUACGUGCAAGAGAAGCGUGCAAAGCCUGGAUCUCUCAAAGACCUAGUGUAUUACUUCUCUAAGUUCGAGAGCGCCAAAGCAUACCUAGGUCCCCACUAUCCUGGUAUCGAGAGGCCCAAAGGCACCUCUCUCAAAGAAGGGAUCUGGGUUGGUUCUCCUUGUCUGGGUCAUUGGUAUGCCCGUAUAUUCUGGCAACUGCAAGCUGAAGGUCACGCCCAUCAUUGUCCUUUCUGGAUCUUGACCGAUAGAUUUUACACCUUAUUCGGUCAACGUAUGUCUGAUAACCAGCUGCGCGUUCUUCACUGCUUCAGCCAUGUGCCGCCAGAUGAUAUGGAACGGGUUCUAAAGCCUACGCCAAUCGAGAUAUACUGGAACACAGGCGAACAAACAGCGGGUUUACUUAAGCCAAUCUCUCAGCUGGUCACCUCGGACGAAUACGGUCGAUAUGAAGCAAUUAGGACUUCUAAGACAUCCAACAUGUCUUUCUUGGAAAUGUAUCUUAGGGUUAGUCAACAUGCCGCGGCGUUCUGA